UAACUCAGUAAAAUCUUUGAAAUUGUUGCAUGUUUUGUUUAUAUUUUUGGUCAGUGUAUGUUCCGGCGCCCUGAUCAUCCGCUCAAAAGCAACAAAAUAAAUCUGCCCGCGGCUGAAUCUAGUUGAUGAUCCCUGCUUUAGGGUGACCACUCUGUCCUUGGCGGGAGUUCGCUCAUCGCUCACAGGGCUCUGUUGACCGACCAACGACUGGCUGCAUUGUUGAAUCCUGGUGAGGAAUGUGAGCUGUCUGCUAGGCUGAGGUUCAAUGCUCGUCAGCUUGUUGUUUUUUCUGCCUUAGAAGGCCAGGAGAUAGAUGGCUGCCUUGCCCUUUAUGAAGAUUCUCUGUAAAGACAUACCUGUGUAUUUUAAGCAGGCAUGAAUAUUCCGUAAUCCCACCUGGAAUCUUGUUGGAUACUUAACAGCCAUGAAGCCAGUGCUUGACUUGGGCAGGAGCUCACUGGAACUGAGUACCAGCACACACAUUUUCUACUGCUUAAGCUCCUGUUCCUCUUAUAGAAAAUGAGCUCAAAAGUAUUGUGGAGCUCCUGCACCUAAAUAUAAACAGUACCCGCACCCAACACGAGUACCGGUACCUAUUUCAGUCAAAGUCCUGCAGUUUUUACUUGCCCUUCAGAUAACUGGUUGUUGUUGAAGCUCCCCAAUGUCAUAAUAUGUAGAAUAACAUUGAUGAUCAGAAUAACAUUGAUCAAAAUCAGCUAAUUCAAGUCUAUGGCAACCUUUGAAAAUAAAUGGCUUUUAGUGAGAAACCCGGGAGUUCUCUUUAAAUUAGCCUAGUGAACCUUGCAGGUGUCAUGACACACACUGACAGUUUUUAAUCAGCAUUGUAACAUUGAGAAACGGAGACUCUGCUCGUCAAGAUGGGGUAUGUCUAUGUGUAUGGCCUUAUUACAGCAGAUGGUUAUAACUUUUCAGUGAGAAACCAGGGAGCACUCAUUAUAUUGUGGCAUUACGCAGUGAUUUAAUAGUGUUAAACCAGUUUUCAAAUAACUAAGACUUUCUCUUCGUCAAGUAGAGGUAUUUGUUGUGUGUGGCCUGAUUAAAACAGAUGGUUGAUUUAGUCUGUCUGGUGUUUUUAGGAAGCUGAUUUGUAGGUAUUAUGACAGGAAGUGCAGUGUUUGAGUCUGAGGGUGACUGUGAGCAGGCCAGUGGCAGGCUGGCAGGCUCUAGUUUGACGACUAACUCAUGGGGGCGGAUAGGAGGACGUACGGUAGGCAGACAGGGAUAUGCCUGCCGGUUUAUUUAUAGACCCAGAGCACAGGCGAGCUCUCUUUCUUAAACAUGGACAGGGAACUGCUCAUAGUCACUGGAGCUGUGCAGUGUACAGUCCUACUUUCUAGAAGGCAGGCUACUGCUUGUUUGUGUUGUUCUACCACCUAGCACGCCCAGUAGGGCUCUUCAGUUAGGGGAUCCUCACCCUUGGUUUUACUGUAAUUCAGCUGGUUGUUAUUUGUAUUGAAAAUACCAGAGGUUUCUUCUUCUGAGUACAACCUCUUCGAGAGAUCCAGACAAAAGAGAUGGAGGGAGGAGUGAUGGAGAGAGAAGUGAUGUCUGAGAAGCCAGUCAUACAGACACAGCCCUCCACGCUGCCCUUCUUCGACACAGCCCACGCCUUCAACCUGCUCCGGGGGAUCCACGAGCUCCGCGCAGAGCGCAAGUUCUUUGACGUCACGCUCUGCGCCGAGGGCCGCGAGUUCCACUGCCACCGGACUGUGUUGGCCGCAGCCAGCACCUACUUCAGGGCCAUGUUUGCCGGGACGCUGAGAGAGAGUGCCAUGGACAGCGUGGUCCUUCACGAGGUGUCUGCUGAACUACUGGGCCUGCUGGUGGACUUCUGUUAUACAGGCCGAGUCACAGUCACCCAGGAUAACGUAGACCUCCUGCUGAAGACGGCCGACCUGUUCCAGUUCCCCUCCGUUAAAGAGGCCUGCUGUGCCUUCUUGGAGCAGAGGUUAGAUGUCUCCAACUGCCUGGAGAUCCAGGACUUUGCCGAGGCCUACGCCUGCCGUGACCUGGCCGUCAGUGCCCGCCGCUUCGUCCUCAAGAACAUUGUGGACCUAGCCAAAGGUAAGGACUUUGAGCGGUUGCCCUGGAAACGGCUGCUGGAGUUCGUGUCGGACGAUGCGCUGUGUGUGGACAAGGAGGAGACGGCCUAUCAGAUCGCGGUGCGCUGGGUCAAAGCUGACCUACAGAGGCGGCUCCACUACUGGCCCGAGCUGCUGCAGCAGGUCAGACUACCCUUUGUGCGUCGGUUCUAUCUACUCGCCCACGUGGAGAGCGACCCCCUGGUUUACCUCUCCCCCUCUUGCCUGAGAAUGGUGAGCGAGGCCCGGAGUUUCCAGUCGUGUGAAUACGACCGGCACGACAGGCCCUGCCAACGCAUGCGGCCGAGGCCCUCCACUGGCCUGGCUGAGAUCCUGGUGGUGGUGGGCGGCUGUGACCAGGACUGUGACGAGCUUGUCACUGUGGACUGUUAUAACCCUCAGACUGGACAGUGGCGCUACCUGGCUGAAUUCCCCGACCACCUGGGAGGGGGCUACAGUAUGGCUGCCCUGGGCAACGAUAUGUAUGUCACAGGAGGAUCUGACGGCUCGCGUCUCUACGACGGCGUGUGGCGCUACAACUCCAGCGUCAACGAGUGGACCGAGGUGUCGCCCAUGCUCAAAGCCCGGGAGUACCACAGUUCCUGUGUCCUCAGGGGUCAGCUGUACGUGGUGGCGCCAGACAGCACGGAGCGCUACGACCACGCGCUUGACUGCUGGGAGGUCCUGCCCCCCAUGCUGCACGCCAUGGACAACUGCUCCACCACCACCUGUAGGGGUCGUCUCUACGCCAUCGGCUCCAUGACCACCACAGGGGAGGACAACAUGGCCAUACAGUGUUACGAUGUGGACACCAACCGCUGGACCCUGGUCAACUGUGGCGAGCUGCCCCCGUGGUCCUUCGCUCCCAAGACGGUCACUCUCAAUGGGCUCAUCUACUUUGUCAGGGAUGACUCUGCAGAGGUCGACAUCUAUAACCCUCAGAAGAAUGAAUGGGACAAGAUCAGCCCCAUGACACAGGUCCAUGUAGGAGGCAGUGUGGCAGUCCUGGGUGGUCGUCUCUUCGUGUCUGGUGGCUAUGACAACACGUUUGAGCUGUCUGACGUGGUGGAGGCCUACGACCCAUCCACCCGUACCUGGACCCCCGCAGGCCGCCUGCCCCAGCCCACCUUCUGGCAUGGCAGUGUCAGCAUCUUCCGCCAGCUCAUGCCCGCCGUAUCCAACGCUUUCGAACCCAUCGACCCGCCCGAGGCUAACUCCAUCCACCUGCACCGACACCACCGCAACCAGGCCCUGCACAACCACAACCUCAACCAGAACCAUGACGUCAACCCAGUGUAACACACUCCAUGGACUAAUGGGUCAGGGAAUAUCAUACUGACCACUGUUUCAGCCAUUUUAGGUUUACAGUAAAAACAUACCUCCAUUAUGAUGCUAUAGAUCAAAAGGUGGAAAGAUGUUACAGUGCACUGCGGUUACAGUGAUCAAAUUAUCCUGCAUGGAUGUGAUUACUAUGGGACUGUAAUUAUAUUGUGCUUCUGUGACUGAACAUGUGUGCAGUUGUGUGAUCCCCAUGUAAUUAACUUGCCUGCCACACUGUCAUUGAUCAUGAUCAGUGGGCAUAUUAUUGACUGGACUAAUAGACUGGCUGGGUAUGAAGGUCUCAUGUUGGGGAAAGCACAAGCUGCCCAUACAUGGACAUCUAUGGCAGGCAGUAGCAGAUCGUCUUGAUUAUGGUUUAAUUUAUACACACACAUACACAUAUAUAUAUAUAUUUUUUUUUUACAUAAUCAACUAACGACAGAGUUGUUUUCCCGGUUGUUUAGAGUGAGAGCCAACAUCAUCCCUCAUAAUCAAUGGCAUGACCCCAUACAUUCCAAAAGCUAACACAACCACCAAUGUUUUCUAGCACUAACCAGAUUUGAUGAGCGUUGAGAAAUUAAUCUGGAGAUUUGUCCAGAGCUGUACUACUAUGGAACCAUAGGAUGGAAUCAGAGCAUGUGAUGCAACUGGGACUGGGUUGAUAAAACCACAAAGUUAUGGAUUCCAUAGAUGUGUCCUAAUUCUAUUUAUAUGAUAGAUUCUAUCAGAUUCUGAUCAGCAUUUUGCUCUCCCUCAUCUGGACUGACUGUUUCAGACCUAAUUGGCGUGACUACCAAUCUAGCCUGCAUGAAGUACUGGUCAUAUUUUCUUUCAAGAUGCAUUUAUUUUAUUUUAGGUGCUUUAUUAUUUUAUUCGAAUGGUUUAGAUUUAUUUAUGAAAAUGUAUAUGUUUUUGUAGUGUUAGUUCAUAUAAUGUUAGAGGUUAUUUUCUCUUGCAACAGGAGGCAGAGGUACAUAUGAAGAUAGAUACUGGUGAAACAACCGCUGUUAUGAUAACUGGAGGUGGGAACACAUUCUCAAUUUAUUUGUGCAACGUGUUUGACUAAAGUUAAUUUUAGUAUUGUUUACUUACUGUAAUGCUAUUCAGCUGUGUGUUUUCUUAGUUGUCAAACAAGUUGUGUUGUCAAAUAGUUUUUCAUAUUUGCAUUGUGUUUGUAUACUGUAGUGAUGUCAUCCUUACAGUGUGAUUACAAUAAAACUGCCACUUUA